AUGAAAGACUUCUACGUCCGAGUUACUAUCAUAGUGACAGGUCUUUGCUUUGUGGAAACAGUGGCAAACCCAUCAAGAAGAAGUAUUUCCCUCGAUCCUGAGUACCAGACGAAUGGGGAUCUUCCGGCGAACUGGUCUUCUACAAGACACACAUCACAGAAAUCAGACACCAUGGAUAGGAGUGUCUAUUUCUUUAGAGUUCUCUUCCAGCCUCGCACAAAAAAAGAACAGCACAUUAAACACCUGGACCUCAGUAACCAUCGCAUAUGGAAAUUGACCCUUGCCCCUCUCGCGCAUGCGCAUGCUUUGGAACUACUAAACCUCAGCAACAAUGCUAUCCACACCCUCUGGCUGGAUCUGCCCCUGCCUCCUUCCUCAGAGCAAAAGCACCACAGAAGCCGCUCCCUCGGCCAACUCCCACAGCUAAAGGUGCUGAUACUUCAAAGGAAUCAACUCAGUGGCACACCUAAAGGACUGUGGAAGCUGAAGUCAUUGCAGAGUCUGGACCUGUCAUUCAACAGGAUAGUUCACAUUGGGCUGUCUGAUUUUCGUGGCUGCCGGCAGCUGGAGAGCAUCUAUUUAAAGAGUAACAAGAUCCGCACGGUUCACCCAGAAGCCUUCAAAGGGCUCAAAAACUUACAGGUGGUAGACCUCAGAAACAAUGCACUGACCACUCUUAUGCCAAUCGUGACCAUUGCUCUAGAAUUGCCCCACCUGGAACUUGGCUUGGCUGAUAACCCGUGGCAAUGUGGUGAGAGCAACACCAGCUUCCAGAACAUCACCUCCGCAUCCUGGAGGGAAAUGUGGAAUGCCGUCUGCAACGUGUCUGUGGAGAAGGAGAAGCCAUAUGUGGAGACUCCUCAUAUCAGAAUUUCCAGGGAUACACAUCUUCCUCGCUCUCCUCCAAGUCACUUGAAAAGCCUUGUCCAGAGCAAAGCAGAGUGGCCCCAGGCAGGAAUGGACAUGCACCUUUCUACUCUGGGGAAGGAGGCACAGGUUGGUUCUGGUGAUCUCAAAGGGAUGUGGCCACAAUCCCUGACAGAACUCAGAGACUCCCAGGAUGAACAUGUCAUUGGCAGAGAUGGUCACAAACCCCCAGACCUUGCCUUGGCCAUCUGCCUGUCAGUGCUCAUCACGUUUGUGGUAGCUUUCUGGAUGGGGGUUUUCGCAAGGCCCUAUAUGGACCGAUUACGAUUACAAUUACAAUUACGGCAACAAAGACGCUUGAACAAAAGGCAUGGCUCAGAUAAUGCCUACUCAAACGAGGGCUUCCAUGACAACAUUGAAGGUGCCCAACACCAAGGGACAGAUCUACACCAAACUACCCACCACCUAAAUCUUUCUGAGAACCAGAACCCUUCCUGGAUGACAGAGCCAAUCCCACGCGGUGCUGUCCUAUCAGAACGUAUGCUGGGAAGCAAUGGAAUGGACCUCGGUAGUCAGCAGAGCCCAGAGCAAUUUGAGGACAGCAGUGAGUCAAGAAGUGAAGAUGGUGACAUGUUUCCAAAUGGCCACGUAGCCCAUUCUGCGCUCCAUGGACUUCCAAACGCUGAUGCUCACAAGCCAAUUUCACCAGUGCGGGAUGACCAUGCUGUUCUUGAAGAAUCACAUUAUGACAUGGUGGCUCCAGGAUAUUCUCUCAUUGAUAAUGUGAUGGAUAGGUCUUCCAUCACUAGCCCUCUGGGAACUUUCACCAGCUCUACCAAUAGUGGGCAGGAUGAAUUCUACCCGUCACAGCCAAGAGAUGUUGUGAAUUCCUUCUCCAAACCUCUAGCACAUACACACACUCAAGAGGCUGAAGAGAGUAUGGGAAAGGGGUGCCCUGAACCUUUGGGAGCCAUGGGCUCACAGGUGGAAUCUUCUGAGGAAAGGCACGUGAACAAUUCCAUUAGGGAGCUGGCCACACAGCAGCCAGGCUUCCAGGAAGCUGAUGCUAAGGAAAGACUUUCCCAUGUCUACAGUGAGGUCCUAUACAAUGACCCACCCUCGCUUAUGCCAAGAUGGGGCAGUGGCCAUUAUGUCACCCCUGCUACUGAGGAGCCUGUGGAAAGAGAUGCUCCUUUUGACCGUCAUUAUGACUUGGUGACCAACUACGAGUCUGAUUCCGAUGAGGGCUCUUUGUUUACCCUUAGUUCUGAGGGUUCUGAGGACACACGGAGCUUGGUUGAAGAACAGGCAUCUGUGGAGAAUGGUGGGGCCAGCUAUCCCCUCCCAAGCAGGAACUUGGGGGAAUACGAGGACAGUGUGACAUCAGCAGAAAGUGUUGAGGACAUCACAUCACAAAGGAUUCUAGAGAAAUGUGAAGCGCAGGAAGCUCACCUUGGGAACACUCUCACUUCUGGUCUAGACCCUUGUGUGUAUGAGACUCAUCUGGAAAAUGACCCUAGCUCCCCUGACCCUGGGACUAUAUCAACAUGGCCCCAACCCCCAGGACGUAAGCUAUUACAUCAUGAGACUCUAGGUACAAUUAUAUAUGAUGACAUAGGACCCCAGUAUGAGGCAGUAGACUGGCGCUACUCCCUGCGAGACCUGGAAUUCUCAAAUGUAGAUAGUUCGCCAUCACCACCAUAUUCUGAUCAAGAUCUCUCAGAUCCUGAGGAGCACACCAAAGAAAAGUAA